GCUUCACACUGGUGUGGAAAAGAUGGCUGCUUCGGCGGCAACGGCGAGUUCUUCCCCCGGUUUGUGUCCAAAUUACGCCGUGAUUUGCUCUUUCCUGGAGCGCUACGGAGCUCUGUUGGACUUACCGGAGCUCACCUUCCCGCAGCUGGAGAGAUAUCUACGGGACACAUCCUCAGCUGAGGCCGUUCCAAAGCUGCUCGUUGAUCUUCACGUUAAGUUGCUGAGGAAAAUCGGCAAAUCUGUGUCAGCGGACAGAUGGGAGAAAUAUCUACUGAAGGUAUGUCAGGAGUUGAACCCAACGUGGGCAUGGGAGCUCGAGCAGAACGGAUACAAAGAUCUGUCGACAGAGUGCAAGACGGGGUUACUUAAAUAUUUGUGUGAGUGUCAGUUCGAUGACAAUGUUAAGUUCAAAACGGCCAUCAACGAGGAGGACCCGGAUAAGAUGCGUCUGCAGCCGAUCGGCCGCGAUAAAGACGGUCAGAUGUACUGGUUCCAACUCGACCAGAGCGACAACGUGCGGCUGUACAUCGAGGAGCAGGACGACCUGGACGGAUCCUCCUGGAAGUGCAUCGUCAAGUAAGCACAGAAAAGA